AACUACGUUUACUUCACGAGGCAACCCAACUUGCUCAACAAGAACACCAAUGACAAGGCAGCAGCUAUUAAGUUGAAGUUGGAAAACUACUACACCAUGGCUGUGAGUCAUGCCAUCGAAAGAAAUCAAAGAAGAUUAGAUUUGGAGCAUAAGCUCUUGACAGAAGAGUCCGGUUCCAGUGAAGAAAGAAAGAAUAGACAAUUGCAGAACUUGGGUAAGAAGGAGUCACAGUUCUUGAGAUUGAGAAGAACAAAGCUUUCCUUAGAGGAUUUCACCACCGUCAAGGUUAUUGGUAAAGGUGCAUUUGGAGAAGUCAGAUUGGUGCAGAAGAAAGAUACUGGUAAGAUUUACGCCAUGAAAACAUUAUUAAAGUCUGAAAUGUACAAAAAGGAUCAAUUAGCUCACGUGAAGGCCGAAAGAGAUGUCUUAGCAGGCAGUGACUCGCCUUGGGUUGUGUCAUUAUAUUACUCCUUUCAGGAUACACAGUACUUGUACUUAAUCAUGGAGUUUUUACCAGGAGGAGAUCUUAUGACCAUGUUGAUCAGAUGGCAAAUUUUCACUGAGGAUAUCACCAGAUUUUACAUGGCUGAGUGUGUAUUGGCCAUUGAAGCUAUUCACAAGCUUGGCUUUAUCCAUCGUGACAUCAAGCCCGAUAACAUAUUGAUUGACAUCAGGGGCCACAUCAAGUUGUCAGACUUUGGGCUAUCAACCGGUUUUCAUAAGACUCACGACUCCAACUACUACAAGAAAUUGUUAGAGAAAGAGGGCCCUUCGAACCAUUUGCAACCGAACCAGUUGACCAGUGGCCGUAAUUCGAUGAUGGUGGAUGCCAUUCAUUUGACAAUGUCAAACAGACAGCAGAUGCAAACUUGGAGAAAGUCACGUAGACUUAUGGCUUAUUCCACUGUAGGUACCCCUGACUAUAUUGCGCCAGAGAUCUUUAUUCACCAAGGGUAUGGUCAAGAAUGCGAUUGGUGGUCUUUGGGUGCGAUCAUGUUUGAGUGUUUAAUCGGCUGGCCGCCUUUCUGCAGUGAGACACCACACGAGACGUAUCGUAAGAUUUUGAACUGGCAAGAGACGUUACAAAUUCCAGAGGAUAUUCACUUGUCUCCAGAGAGUGAGGAUUUGAUCCGGAAGUUAUUGACGAGCUCGGAGAACCGAUUAGGUAGAUACGGAGGAGCAGAAGAAAUCAAGCGCCAUCCAUUCUUUAGAGGUGUGGACUGGGAAACUAUCAGAAAAGUUGAUGCACCAUUUAUUCCUAAAUUGAGAUCUAUUACCGAUACUCGAUUCUUCCCUACAGAUGAGUUAGAAAACGUUCCAGAGUCUCCAGCUUUGAGCAAAGCUAUGGAACAGAGAGAACAAGACAUGAAGAACGGCAAGAAGAAUGUUAAGGAAGAUUUGCCGUUUAUCGGAUACACCUAUUCGAGAUUUGAUUAUUUGACGAGAAAGAACGCCUUGUGA